AUCGAGCACCAAAGUACCUUUGUGUUAGUUUAAUCAAAAUCUAGUGUUAGAAAAAUGGCAACAGACGCAGUGGGUUUUAGUAUUGUAACAGAGCCUAAACGAAAAAAAUCUUACUACGAGGAUGAAGAGAUAAUAAUAAAACCUUCAACUGAAUUAAUUCCGGACGAAUACAAACACGAAGUCGAAGAAAAUGUGCUGUUGCACAUUUUCAAAACGGACUACGAUGACGAAACGGCUGAAGAAAUACUAGAAUCAGCAAAAUAUAUCAACUAUAAAGUGGACAGUAACAAUUUACAUAAUCUUAAUACACGGAACGAAUUUUACGAAGAUAUCGAGAAAAUUAAAAAAGAAUCAGUGAAUAAAAGUGGUCUUUUUAUGAUUUUCAUUGGAUUUUUUGAACGGAGACACCCGAAUGGUACCAUAGCUUUGAUGAAUGAACGAAACGAUUUCAUUCAAAUCAAAGACAUUUGGAACAUGUUUUCGGCAAGUAAUUGCCCCGAGUUGAAAAAUAAACCCAAAAUUUUCAUGUUUUGUGUCUCAGGGGCCCCAUAUGCCGUACAAUCUGACUCUUUGAGACACCGAACUAUGGCUUUUGAAAAAGUUUACGACUUCCCUGCCGAAUCUGACAUGUUGAUAGUUUACAAAAAAGUCGAUGAUGUUUCGCCACACAUGCAAAAAUUUCUCGCCACUUUUAGCCUCAACAUAAGAAAUCACAGCAAGAAAUACGACAUCAUCGACUUGGUGAGUCACAUCAACGAAGAGAAUAGCAAAUAUGUUCCUUUGAUUAUUUCCACACUGACUCGAAAAUUUUAUUUGACGCCGAAUAUCGAACGUGAGCAUUUUUUGUCAGUGGCUGAGAACAGCAGUAGCGUGCAAAAUGAUCUGAAAAAAAUUAAGGAAGAUUUGGAGAAACUGCACCACGAGCUUCAGAAAAAGAAGAAAAUGUUUGGCUUCAGUUUUAAGAAGAAGAGUGAAGAGAAGCCGAAAAUUGAGAUAAAACGUGAUAAUAAAGUCGAACAACGUAAAAGUGCGAAAACAGGGGAAGCACAGAGAGGGUCUGUUGGGAGGUCAAGUGCUCCGCCUAGGCCACCAGUACGAUCAAGAAAUCCCUCUGAAUCGGAUGCGAAGAUUGAGAAGAAGAAACCGAUUUGGAAGAAUUAGAGGCUUAUUGUGAUUCUUCUAUGUAGAUUAUUUGUUAUCUUAGUUAAAUUAAUAAAUAAAAGUUAUAUUAAUAAUAUAAUUAUAACAAUGUAUAUUACAAUAUAAUAAAUUUUCUUUUAACAAGAGAUAAUUUAUACUG